UCUGUGAUUAUAGGGUGGGAAAUCUACUGAUUAGUUGUCUUAUAAUUUUAAUUAAUUUGAGUUCAUUAGUGAGCGAGAGAGUGAUAAAAAAAAGGUCAAAGACCUAACAAAAGAAGAGGGGGUGUUCCGGUAAUUUGGUAAUGGUUAUUGUCUACAUCUUCUCUCCUUUGACGUUGAAAAAGCCCAUCUUUUUUCCUUUGCUCUCAUUCCCACACAGAGAGGUACAACAAGACUCGUCGCUCUUCGCUUUUUCUUCUCUCUUUCUUUCUCUUGCCAGUAGUGUGAUCUUACGAAGCUUUUAGUAGAGAAAAAGCAUAUACGCUUUGUCUUUCUUAAUCGACUGAUAAGGUACUUUUUGUGGAAUUUUGCUUUUCUUCAUUCACUUUGUCUUAGUUUCGACUUGUUUGGUUGAUUCUACUUGUCUUGUUUCAGAUUUAGAUUUUGACUAGUGGGUUUGCUUUAGUUGUUGUCUACAGGAACAAUGGUUUGGUUCAAUCUGUUUUCAAAAUCAGAGCUUUCGAAUUUUAAACAUUAAAACGUCCUUAGGAUCAGAUGGAACAAAUGGGUGGCUACUCAAAACAACAAGGUCCAUUUUUAGUUUGAUUAAGGGAUUUGGAUCUGAGCUUACUUCAUCAACUUUGUCGGAAUAUACAUUUGCUUUGUGUGGAUUUGGAAGUUGUCCCUGAAUGGCGUCCGAGGAUUUGAAUAUUGUUGCGGAAUCAAAGAAAGGGGAAGAGAAUGUUAUUGUUGAUAAUUCCAAGGACAUGAAUAGACCUGAGAAUCUUGACUUAUCUACUGAGAAAACUGAUACUGCCAAUGAGAAUGGUCCAAAAGAUGAAGCUUCUAAGCUGGUAAAGGAAGCAGACCUCCCUGAGUCUGGUACUUCAGUGAAGAGUAAAACAGCUAAGGAUAAUAAACCUGUUAAGAGAAAGUCAGGGACGUUUUCUCGGAGCCCGAGAUUCAUGUCUCAGAGCUCUUCAUUUCCAACUAAAGGAGCUUAUACUGAUAUUACUAGAAAGAGCAUUGAUGCCACAACAUCAAAGACUAGUCUUAAACCCGUCGUUGCUGGUGGAUCCAAACCAAAAGCCACUCCAUCUUCAAGCAGCGGUGUUUCCGCAAAGCGCACCAGUUUAGUAUCUGCGCCUCUCAAAAAGCAAACUAUGCCUGUGAAAACCAUUUCUAAGGAUGCAGCUUCAGGCCCUACUUCCAAAUUAGGAGAUGAAGGUUCUAAAUCCAUCAAAGAAGAAACUGCGGGGAAGGAUGUCGAGGAGGCUGGAUCAACCACCGCUGUGGUGGCAGAUAAAGUAUCUAACCCGUUGAAAGCUGAAAUGGCAAGCAAGGACGACGAAGACACUCGUUCAACUACCACUUCAACUUCUACACCUCGUGGGCGGAGAAGCAGUGUUGGAUCGGCAUCUGGAUUUUCGUUCAGGUUGGAGGAACGGGCUGAAAAACGGAAGGAGUUUUAUAUGAAACUAGAAGAGAAGAUCCAUGCAAAGGAAGUAGAGAAGACCAAUUUGCAGGCGAAAUCAAAGGAGAGCCAGGAAGAAGAGAUCAAAAGGUUGAGGAAGAGCUUGACGUUCAAGGCUGGUCCCAUGCCCAGUUUCUACAAAGAACCCCCACCUAAGGUUGAAUUGAAGAAGAUACCAACUACUCGUCCUAAGUCUCCAAAGCUAGGACGCAGAAAGAGUAGCAGUGAUGCAACAGGAGGUGAAGCCGCUCCUCGCGUGACAAAACCAAAAGACUCAUCAUCAUCUACAGUGAAGAAACCAAUAACAAAGUCUCAGCCAAAGCUUGAAACUCAAGAGAAAUCAGUGAAGGCCAAAGAAAAGAAAAAGAAAGUGAAGAAAGAAGAAGCAGAGAAGAGAGGAGAAGAAGAGAAGGCUACUGCCGUGGCUGCGAAACCUGAAGAGCAGAAACCAAACUCCAAUAACAUCCAAGUGAAGGCUGAGAUAAUGGCGAGUGAGGUUGUAGUGGGAGGCUGAAGCAAAGAGAGCAUUCAGCAGCGAUGUCUAAUGUCUGCUUCUUUUUUUCUUUCUUAAAGCAUUAAUGUGAAUAGAGUUGUUGCAUUGCGUCUACUUUUUUAAGAGUUUAUACUUCAUUCCUUCAGUUUAUUUUUUGGAAAAUUAAGCCUCGAUUGCUUCUUAAGAUGGUCUCAAAUGUGUUGAACUCAAAUAUGUAUCACGAGCAUAGAUAUGUGUGAAUUUGAAGUGUAUAACAGUGGUGAGUUGUGCAAAUAAUUAAUGUCUAAGGAGAGGCUAGUGGGGUCUUUAUUUACAGCUGAGGUUUACUAAGGUCAGCUACAAAU